AUGGGCAAGCCUAAAUUCUCUUCGCCUGAACCCUCUCCACUUCGACUCUCUUCGUUUGAACCCUCUUCGCCUAAAUUCCCUUCUUCUGCACUUCAUCGCCUUUCAAUCGUCGCAUAUGCAUCUCCGGUCCCGGGGCGUGCAGGCAGCCGUCGGAUAAAUGUUUGCUUUCGUGUCAGACUCCAGUCAGUUCAGCGCAGCUUAUCCCCAACCUCUCCAUCUCGUCGCCACAUCCCUUUACGCUUCAUCGCCUCAUCACGCCGCGGCCUCUCACUUUCGCCCCCUCCACCCCUGCGUAUUUUCGUCAUCAUGCCACCCAAGGCAGAAGAGGAGCCUCUCAGAAUUCGUCAGAGAGACAACUGCAAGCCACUAGCUAAGGAUAAAUGCGACCGAGAAUUCCUGUGGACUAUCGGCAUCUUUUUCACCACUCUGCUUACGACCCUGUCCAUCGGCAACAAGGAGAUACAGAACUUUCUCAUUACGCAGUACAAUUUCCAGCUACCCAUGUGCGCCUAUCAGCGCAGCGGCUUUGAGAGCAGCUCUGGCGCACUCCCCGUUGCCAUCUACGCCGCUGCACACGCUUCCGCCAAGCGAAUUAUCACGGUGUCAUAG